AAAAAAAGUAAAAAUUCAAAUAAUUAAUCCUUAUAACUUUCUAUUAAUAAAAGUAUCAAGAAAAGAAGGGGAAACAACACCAAGCUAGCUAAGCAUCAAUGGCGUCGGCUUCUACCUCCUUCCGCGCCGUCGUGAUCCGUAAACCACCUCUUGCCCACCCACACCCAAAACCGCCUUCUCUCUCAUCUCUCAAUUCCAAAAACCCCAUUAAAAUUCCCCAUCUCGGGAUACGACCAAACCCUCCGUCCGCCGCCGUGAAGGCGCUGUUCGACAUCUCAUUUUUCGAGAGGGAAUUAGGAGGCGGCGCCGCCCCUCCGACGCCGGAGAUACCGGAGACGGGGUUUCCGGAGAUGGGGGACAAGGUGGAGCCACAGUGCCCCCCGGGCCUACGAACGUACGAAACUAUGGUCGUCUUAAGGCCCGACAUGUCCGAGGAUGAGCGCCUCAACUUCACCCACAAAUAUAAUCAGUUGUUGGUGGCUGGGGGAGGUACGAAUGUGACAGUGUUCAACAAGGGUGUAAUUCCGUUAGCGUACGGUAUAAGGAAGAAAAACCGAGCUGGAGAGAGUAACACAUACUUGGAUGGAAUAUACCUUCUCUUCACCUAUUUCACCAAACCCGAUUCAAUCACUGUUCUCGAGGAAACCCUACUAGCCGAUGACGAAGUUAUCAGAUCUUCCACUUUCAAGAUUCGGAAAAGGAAGUUGUCUAGAAAAGAAAAAAAGAAAAAAGAAAAAGAAGAAGAAGAAAUAUUAGGAAAAUGAUGGUGUUUUAAGUAGAGAGUCGUACUUUCCGAUUUUGAAUAUUCUUGGGAACGAAAACGUAAACCUCACUCGGUUGAAGAGAAGCGCUAAUUCGACAUUCCUACGAAGUCAUGAUUCUAUCGAUUUUGUUUUUACUUUGCUUUGUAAUGAUGUUGUCAUUGUAAACUUCUAAUGCAAGUCAUGUUUCUUACUAUUGAGAA